GGCUGUUGGUUUUCUGGCUUGCCCUGGUAUCCUGACUGCGUCACUCAUGGCGACUGACCCGGAGCGGCUUCCGCAGGUGCUCGUUCUCGGCCCUAAGCAAGGUUUGGGGCGAGCUUUCUCCGCCGGCUUCCACUUCAUCAAGCCGUGGGAGUCAACGAUGCCACUCGACCUCUUCCUCGCCGCCCACGCCGCUGCCGUCCGCGCUGUGAUUUCCACCGCCCUGGUCGCCGUCGACGCGCCCCUGAUCCGCGCUCUCCCAUCCCUUGGCUUCGUCUUCACCACCAGCGUCGGCGUCGACCACAUCGACCUCGUCGAGUGCGCGCGCCGAGGCAUUGCCGUCGCCAACGCCGGCACCAUCUUCUCGCGGGACGUUGCCGACUACGCCGUUGGCCUCCUUGUCGAUGUCCUCCUCCAUGUGUCGGCAUCGUACCGGUACGUCCUCCGCGGACUGUGGCCCGUCGCCGGAGACUUCCCGCCCAGAUGUAAAUUAGGAGGUAAAAGGGUUGGCAUUGUUGGACUCGGGAGUAUUGGAUCUGAAAUUGCAAAAAGACUCGAAGCUUUUGGUUGCUCAAUCUCAUACUUCUCAAGAAACAAAAAGCCAUUAUUUCCUUACACCUACUUCCCCACGGUUCGUGAUCUUGCAGCCGAAAGUGAUGUGUUGGUCAUUGCUUGUGCUCUCACAGAGGAAACACACCACAUCAUCGACAAGGACAUUAUGUUGGCAUUAGGGAAAGAUGGCAUAAUUAUAAAUGUAGGAAGAGGGCCUCUCGUCAAUGAGGCAGAGUUAGUGAAACACUUGAUUCAAGGGAAGAUAGGAGGUGCUGGUCUCGAUGUGUUCGAACACGAGCCUGCUGUUCCGGAGGAACUAUUUCGUAUGGACAAUGUAGUGUUGUCCAGUCACCAGGCCGUGCUUACAAUCGAGUCAACUAACGACCUUGUUGAACUGGCAAUGGCAAAUUUAGAGGCCUUCUUCUCAAAUAGGCCUUUGCUUACUCCUGUCCAUGGAACUACCUGAUCAUAGGUAACACUGAAUGCUUAUUUUGGGCGCCACUGAUAUCCUGUUCUUCCUCUUUCAUUGAAGUGGUAAGAUGCAGUUGAAAUGAUUUGCAACGAAUAAGCUUGGGACCUGAACGAAUGAGCUUGUUGAAAGGCUCUACCACUUGUAUUGUGUUGAGUUUUGAACUUCAGCAUGAUUUGUUGAAGCCAUUUCUGCUCUCUGUCAGCUCUCGUUGAAUCAGAUGUCAAUUUGUCUCAUUGUUAUUAAAACUGAGGCUGUUCUAUAGCAGUUGUAGCUGGAAUAAACAAACACAGUUGAGCUAAGCUUUUACAGUGUUCGAGCAUUUGUUGUUGUUGUUGUUGUUG